UCAAUUCCAAAACGGGCAUGCAUAAGUUGUAUCUGCUGCAAAUCGCGCGCGCGUUAGUUGUACUUUUGGCUGAUUCUCACAUAACAUAACGAUCUCAUCCACUAAAAAAGCACAAUUCUCCAACAGACGAUUUCCAAUCGAAUAUUCUCCUUGUGUUCCAAGUAAUUGCCAAUUUUUGCAAUUUUCUCGCAUUGCGUUUUGCGUCGAUUUGUUGGUGCUUUCAUUUUGCAGAAACUCUAUGUUUAUAAUCGUCCCCCACUGCUGUCCCCAGGAGCACCAAGAGCCUGAAUUAAUCAGAGUUAAGACGUGUCAAUCUUUGACGGAGUGGAAAAAAAGCAGGCCGACGUCCAUUCAUUCAGCAAACAACCAGUAAACGCUUUUAAUGAGUGCCCUUCCAAGAAAAGUCAUAAGCUGCUGUCUCCAACAAGAAAAUCGUCAACGAAAACUAGCUUCGAUUUGUCGCUGAUUGGCUGAUAGGGGGCGAGCAAGAGCAAGUCCCUUCAAGUCAGCUGCAAUUUUGCGAUAAGCUGUCCAUCAACGCCUCAAACUGACGCCGACACCGACCAAAAUGUCAACGGAGCGCGAGCUGGCUUCUGGUGGGCCAGCUCAGCUCCUGACGCACACGCUGCCGUUGACAUUUCCCGAUCUCCAGAUCAACACCACCGUGGGCAUCAUUGGAAAGGUCUACGAGUCACAGUGGACCCCCUCGCCCACGCGGGCUCAGAGUCCCUCUCAGGCGCAGACUAGCUUCGAAACGCUCACAUCACCACCAGCGCCGGGCUCUUCGGUCAAUCCCACCGCUGUAACCAGCCCAAGUGCCCAGAAUGUGGCAGCUGGGGGUGCCACUGUGGGUGCGACGGCCUCAUCAGCAGCCUCCCAGGUCGCGUCCACCCUGGGAACCACAACCGGGACUGUGACUGCUGCGAUUGCCACCGCUACUCCGACCACCAAUCCGGAUAUGCCCGUCUUCACAUGUCCGCGUCGCCCCAAUCUGGGACGCGAGGGCAGGCCGAUCGUACUUCGAGCCAAUCACUUUCAGGUGACGAUGCCUCGCGGCUAUGUACAUCAUUACGAUAUCAACAUACAGCCGGACAAGUGUCCGCGCAAGGUGAAUCGCGAGAUUAUCGAGACCAUGGUGCAGGCCUACAGCAAGAUCUUUGGCGUUCUGAAACCUGUAUUCGACGGACGGAACAACCUGUACACCCGCGAUCCUCUGCCGAUUGGCAAUGAGCGCCUCGAGCUGGAGGUGACACUGCCCGGCGAGGGCAAGGACCGCAUCUUUCGCGUGACGAUUAAGUGGCAGGCCCAGGUCUCGUUAUUCAACCUGGAGGAGGCUCUGGAGGGUCGCACGCGUCAAAUACCCUACGACGCCAUCCUUGCCCUGGACGUGGUCAUGCGUCAUCUGCCGAGCAUGACCUAUACGCCAGUUGGACGCAGCUUCUUCAGCUCGCCGGAUGGCUACUAUCAUCCUCUGGGUGGUGGCCGUGAGGUCUGGUUCGGUUUCCAUCAAAGCGUGAGGCCCUCGCAAUGGAAAAUGAUGCUGAACAUUGAUGUCUCGGCCACUGCUUUCUACAAGGCUCAACCCGUGAUUGACUUUAUGUGCGAGGUGCUGGAUAUACGCGACAUCAUGGAGCAGCGCAAGCCGCUCACAGACUCGCAGCGGGUCAAGUUCACCAAGGAGAUCAAGGGACUCAAGAUUGAGAUCACGCACUGCGGCCAGAUGCGACGCAAGUAUCGUGUCUGCAAUGUAACCCGCCGACCGGCUCAAAUGCAAUCAUUCCCACUGCAGUUGGAGAAUGGUCAAACUGUGGAGUGCACUGUGGCCAAGUAUUUCCUGGACAAGUAUCGAAUGAAGUUGCGCUACCCCCAUCUGCCGUGCCUGCAGGUGGGACAGGAGCACAAGCACACCUAUCUUCCGCUCGAGGUGUGCAACAUUGUGGCUGGCCAGCGAUGCAUCAAAAAGCUCACCGAUAUGCAGACCUCGACGAUGAUCAAGGCCACUGCACGCUCGGCACCGGAUCGCGAGCGUGAGAUCAACAACCUGGUGAAGCGUGCGGACUUUAACAAUGACUCGUAUGUCCAGGAGUUCGGUCUGGCCAUCUCCAAUUCGAUGAUGGAGGUGAGGGGACGAGUGCUACCGCCGCCCAAGCUUCAGUAUGGGGGACGUGUGUCCACUGGCAUCACCGGGCAGCAGUUGUUUCCGCCCCAGAAUAAGGUGAGCCUUGCCUCGCCCAACCAAGGUGUCUGGGACAUGCGCGGCAAGCAGUUCUUCACGGGCGUGGAGAUCAGGAUCUGGGCCAUUGCCUGCUUUGCCCCGCAGCGAACAGUGCGCGAGGAUGCCUUGAGGAACUUCACCCAGCAGCUGCAGAAGAUCUCAAACGACGCCGGUAUGCCGAUAAUAGGCCAGCCCUGCUUCUGCAAAUAUGCUACGGGGCCGGAUCAAGUGGAGCCGAUGUUCCGAUACCUGAAAAUCACCUUCCCGGGGCUGCAGCUCGUAGUGGUUGUGCUGCCCGGCAAGACCCCGGUCUAUGCGGAGGUCAAGCGCGUGGGCGACACCGUCUUGGGCAUGGCCACCCAGUGUGUACAGGCGAAGAACGUGAACAAGACAUCGCCCCAGACGCUGUCCAAUCUGUGUCUGAAGAUCAACGUCAAGCUGGGCGGCAUCAAUUCGAUUCUGGUGCCCUCCAUCCGGCCCAAGGUAUUUAACGAGCCCGUUAUCUUCCUGGGAGCUGACGUCACACACCCACCAGCCGGCGAUAACAAGAAGCCAUCGAUUGCUGCUGUUGUUGGUUCAAUGGACGCCCAUCCGUCGCGAUAUGCGGCCACUGUGCGAGUACAGCAACACCGCCAGGAGAUCAUCCAGGAGCUGAGCAGCAUGGUGCGCGAGCUACUGAUUAUGUUCUACAAGUCGACGGGUGGCUACAAACCCCACCGAAUCAUCCUGUACCGGGACGGCGUCUCCGAGGGACAGUUCCCGCAUGUGCUGCAGCACGAGUUGACCGCCAUAAGGGAGGCGUGCAUCAAGCUAGAGCCCGAAUACAGGCCAGGCAUCACAUUCAUCGUAGUCCAGAAGCGCCAUCACACGCGACUCUUCUGCGCCGAGAAGAAGGAGCAGAGCGGCAAGUCUGGCAAUAUACCGGCAGGCACCACCGUCGACGUGGGCAUCACGCAUCCAACCGAAUUUGAUUUCUAUCUGUGCAGUCAUCAGGGCAUUCAAGGCACCAGCCGGCCCUCGCACUACCACGUGCUCUGGGAUGACAAUCACUUUGACUCCGACGAGCUUCAGUGCCUCACGUAUCAGCUGUGCCACACCUAUGUGAGGUGCACGCGCUCCGUCAGUAUACCAGCUCCAGCCUACUAUGCCCACUUGGUGGCUUUUCGUGCAAGGUAUCAUCUGGUGGAGAAGGAGCACGACUCCGGCGAGGGCUCACACCAGAGCGGAUGCUCAGAGGAUCGGACACCGGGAGCCAUGGCCAGAGCCAUCACGGUCCAUGCGGACACGAAGAAGGUCAUGUACUUUGCCUAAAAAGUAGCCAAAUUACCAAACCACAAACCCCAACAAAAACCACAACAAAUCCACAACAAAAAUCAAAAAUUAAAAAUCAACUUCGAAAUUCAAUUCGAAUAAGCAAAGAGAGAUGGAGAGAAAGAGAGUACCUCCCCACCUCCCCAAUAACCCUCCCAAAUCCCUCCUCAAAUCAGAAAAGCCAAGCAAAGAGAAAGUUUAACGUUUAAGUUUAGAAAGUGAGAGAGAGUUUAAGGAGUAUAUAAGGAAUAUCUUGCAUGCAUUAGUUUUAGGGCCAAACGACACAACAAAAACCCACAGCAAACACUCAAACACACACACACACACACACAGAGAUCGACUCAAGGAGGGCUACAAAAACGUGAAAAUCGCGACACGACAACGUGAAGAAUUGAUUAUAGACAUAGGGAAUAGGGGAUCGGGAAGGAAAUCGAAUGUUAAUGCACAACAAAAUGUUAAAAUUCUCAACAGAAGCAUAGCAAACAAAGCGAAAAGGCGAAAGGCUAAAAAAAAAAAAUGGAAAACCAUUUUAACAAAAACUAAACUUAAAGGGAACAAAACUACGAACGCAACACCAAAAGCCAAGCAGCAGCAUUAAUUAUCUAUCAUCAAACUUACUACAAGAACACCACGAGAGAGAGACACAACUUUUGUAAAUGUGGGGGGGAAACCAAUUAAAAAUACAAUAAAUUGUACAAUAUAUUUUUACAAAUAACGAAUUGAAGACAAAAGGGGGGGGAUGGAACGGAUGGAAUGAACAUUUGAAUAAGAAUGAAUGAACGCAUACGACCAAAGGUUUUUAGUAUACAAAAACGAAUGAAAAACAAAGCACACAAAAAACAAUUGAAUAUGUUUGCUGAUCGACGACUCACACAACAUACAACACACAAAAACCGCAAUAAAACACCACACCACACCACACAACAACAAAUUAAAACUCUGAUUCUCUGUACUGUGAACGAAGACCACCACCAAAAUGAAAAUAAAGAUAAAGAUGAACAUUUAAGGGAAAACUAAACACCAAUAAGUGGGGGCACUCGACUCGACAAAGGCAUUAAAGCGCUGAAACACAACAUAGAAAAUACGAAACGAAAAUGAAUAAAAUACUUCAAUAACUAAAGUGCAGAUUAAACUGAAAACAUUUAAUAGUUUGUAAGAUUUGGCUCUACCAAAAAAACAAAGGAAAGAAGACGGACCGGACGGAUAUGAUAUAUAUAUAUAUAAAUAUAUAUAUAUAGAGAGAGAAAGAGAGAGAGCGGCAUAACGAUAAAUCCAAUUUCUACAAGGGACAAAACGUAUGGUAUAAACAAUUGCUAUUAAUAUUUACAUAGAUUUAUGACCAUCAACAAAUACACUGUACUAAUUAUAAUUUUUUUAAAGAAUCGGGGAAAUAACCAACCAAUACGAAUGCGAUACCGGAAAUACUUAAGCAUAUACAUACAUACGAUACAUCAAUUAUAUAUAUAUGUGUAUAUAUAUAUAAUUUGUUCAAAAGUGCAAAUAAUAUGCUGAUAUUUUGUGUUAGUCUUUAGUUAAUCUUUUUUUAUGCUCAGCGAGACACUCCCAUACCGCCAACGCCCGUAAAACACACACGAACUCUGAGUCCCACAGGCAUAUCACUCAAAUGUCCAAUCCACCCUUUAUUUAUGUACCUUAACCCGUAAGCUUAACUUAACGAUAUUUAAUUGUAUUUAAUAUUUUAAAUUUUUUUAGAGCAAAACCAUUAUUUGUUAUUUCCUCGCGUCGCUGGGGCGAGAGCAUCAAUGUAAUUUCGUAUUUAAAAUUAACAUUAGCCAAGUGGUGUACGGGUAAUAUAGAGCAAGGAAACCAACUCCUUCCCACUGCACUGUGUGGGUGGCAACAACAUUUCAAUAUUUUACAAAGUAGUUUUAAUUUGCCAUUAAUUAAAUACAAAACAAAGAAACAAAACACAACAAACAAACGACAAGAGAAAAAUGCAAUAUGGAAAGAUGAAUAAUACAUAUUCUAUAUCGACGACACAGUUCAAGUUAACAUUAUAAUGAUUUGUUAUUAAAAUGCUAUGCAGGAGGAGAGCCAUCUCUCGCCGUCCCUCCUGCACCAGCACCUUAUUUAUACUUAUACUUAUACUUAUGUAUGUAUGCUAUGUACGAGUACAACCCACGCAAACCCCAACACAAUCAUCAAAUUAGGCUUAGUUUUGCCAGUCGCAUAAAUGAUGUGAGAAUUGUAAAAUUCAAAAUAUACAUAUAUAUAUAUAUAUAUUAUAUACAUUAAUUUGCAUAUAUACAUUUAUAAAACUCUUACAAAUUAGUCGGUAAUCUUCAGAGCGAAAUCACAUUUCUGAUCUGAUCUGAUCUGAUUUUUUUUAAUUGAAUUGUAAUUUGACCGCCGUUUCUAUUUGUUCUUUGUAGUCACGUUUCAACACAAGGGAUUAAAAUUUUAAAUUUAUUUCUAAAUGUUUACUUAAAGUAGAGUGUUUAUUACCCAUCAUGCCCAAGCGGAAUCCAAUCCUAUUUUUAAGCAAAAAGAAAACGAACACAAUGCAAAAGGAAGGGAUCGAGGUUCAUACAUUUACGAUUUUCUUGUCUAGGUUUAAGCAAAAACAGAAGCAGAAGCUGAAGAGUGAAAGUGUGCCCGACAAUGACAAUGAAUGCAUCUCGUAGUUGUAUAAUGAUCUGAUCCUUAAAUUCAGCAAUAAUUUACUUUCACCGAGAGACAGAAUUGAUUGAUUAGCAAGUCCAAAAGCUUUAACUAUUUGCUUAACGGAACAUUUUUGAAGACCAGAGAGCGCUCCUCAAACCAUGCAAGAAAACGGCCAAUAACUAUCCAGACAAGGGACAAGUCCCAACAUACUUGUAUCUACGUAGUUAUAGGUGUAUCUUUUACGACAUUUAAAUGUAGAUGAUCAGAUCCUAGUGUACACUACGGACUUCCCUUUUCAAGCAAUACACACACACAUACAACAAUUUAACGGUUUCUUCAGUGUGGCAGCUAUCGAAGAUAGAAGAAGAGAGGAGAGAGGUUGAAGAAUAAUAGGAAACAGACUUAGAAGAACAGUGUGGAACGUCCUAUAUCUUAAGUUCUACGCAUAAGUCGGGGAGAACAUACAGAAAGACAAUUUAAAUUACCAUCUAAUCUGUCGAAAUUCAAUUGAGCUUUAUACUAAAAACAAACGACACGCAUAUUAAUGGGAUGGAAUAUCUACAUAGAUGGGUAUAGGAUCGGAUCGAUCGUAUUGUUUCUACAUAUAUUACUUAUAAAUGUGCCGUUUAUAGAUGUCUACAAUUAUAUACAACAUGAAUACAUAUAUAUGUAUAUAGAUAUAUAUAUAUAUAUAUAUAUAUACAUAUAUAUAGGGAUAAAAUCAGAACAAAAUCGAAGCUAGAACAGCAAUUUGCACAACUCUUCCUAAAGGAAAUAAAAAUAUAUAGCAAGUCUAAAAUACAAUACAA